UGGCCGAGUGUGGGGGCUGGCCUGGGGUCUCCAGACGCUCACAACAUGGAAGGGUCCAUCCGACUCCUGGCCUGCUUGGUGUGCAUUGUCCCGAUGGGAUCAUUUGUGAGAACUAAGAGAGAUACUACUGGGAACCUGCUCAACACAGAGGUGCACAGUGCCCCGACGCAGCGCUGGUCCAUGCAGGUGCCGGCCGAGGUGAGCGCGGCGGCGGGCGAGGCGGCCGUGCUGCCCUGCACCUUCACGCACCCGCACCGCCACUACGACGGGCCGCUCACGGCCAUCUGGCGCGCGGGCGAGCCCUACGCCGGCCCGCAGGUGUUCCGGUGCGCGGCGGCGCGGGGCAGCGAGCUCUGCCAGACGGCGCUGAGCCUGCACGGCCGCUUCCGGCUGCUGGGCAACCCGCGCCGCAACGACCUCUCGCUGCGCAUCGAGCGCCUCGCCCUGGCGGAUGACGGCCGCUACUUCUGCCGCGUUGAGUUCGCCGGCGACAUCCACGACCGCUACGAGAGCCGCCACGGCGUCCGGCUCCGCGUGACCGCCGCCCCGCGGAUCGUCAAUAUCUCGGUGCUGCCCGGGCCGGCGCACGCCUUCCGCGCGCUCUGCACCGCCGAAGGGGAGCCGCCGCCCGCUCUCGCGUGGUCGGGCCCGGCCCUAGGCAACGGCUCGGUCGCGGUGCCGGGCCCGGGUCAGGAUCACAGCCACCAGGUGACCGCUGAGCUGCCCGCGCUGGACCACGACGGCCGCUACACGUGCACAGCCUCCAACAGCCUGGGCCGCGCCGAGGCCAGCGUCUACUUGUUCCGCUUCCGCGGCGCCUCCGGGGCCUCGGCGAUCGCCCUCCAGCUCGGCGCCCUCGGCCUCAAGGCGCUCCUGCUGCUAGGCGUUCUGGCUGCGCGCGCCACCGCCCGGCGCUGCCAAGAGCACGCAGUCACCCAGGACACGCCACCAUGGCCCCAGGCUCAGGAGUCCAAUUAUGAAAACUUGAGCCAGAUGAGCCCCCGGGGCCCACCGACAGCUGUGUGUUCACCGUGAGAAGCCCCUCAGCCACCGGCAUCCCCUUGUGCACCAUGAGGAGCAAAGCCCCACGUGAGGCUGGGCCGGGAU